UGCGACGCGGUGCCGUCCACCAACCGAGGGGCCGCUCAUUGAGGUAAGCGUGGCAGACGACACUGCCACCAUUGCACGGCGCGUUUGGGCUGAACUUUCCGCACGUGGUUUGACGGACAUACCCGAAAUUCAGACACUCGACAUGGCGGCAGCAUUGGGCGUGGCGAACGCCUGCGAGUCUUUUCUGUGCCGUUUCCCCCGCCACGUGGAGUAUGCUGCAAUUCAGAUUGCGUCACCCGAGAGGGUUCUCGAGCUUGUGCCGCCAGAGAUGCUGGACGGCAAGAAGGUGCAGAAGGCCUUCCAUGUGACGACGCUGUACCUGGGUCGUGACGCCUGCAAGGACCCUGUCCUGCUGCAGCAGCUGGUGGGGGUGCUGGGCGAGUCCAUUGAGCUCACGCUGACGAGCGUUGCGUCUGAUCCGAAGGGGACGGCGAUCGCGGUGCGCAACGAGGGAGAGUUCCCCUGCGAAAAUGUUCAUCCACACAUCACCAUCGCGAACGCGCCGGGUGUUCCGCCUGUGUACAGCAACGAGCUGCUGGACGAUUCCCAUGCGGAUGACCCGUGCCGCACCGUCGUCAGUCUCCCCGCCGGCACACGCGUCACCGGGACAUUUGUCUUCAGGUAG